UCUAUCAGAUCGACUCGGCUAGUAAUCAAAAUCAAGAACUUAAAAACUCCGUAGGCUAGAUACCCGUUACGAACUUUAGUAUUUUACUCAACGAAUAACGGGUAAUAGAGUAAAUACUAGUGGUUCGUUUUCACCCUGUUCGUCGGCGUUACCUUGUCGUGCGCGACUUGGUAUUUUACAGCAACAAGGUCACACCCAAAUUGUCAACUUGCAAGUUAUUUUAGUGUUUAUAAAUAUGGAUAGUAACGAAACAGAAACAACAGAUGGGAAGUCUACACAGCAGUCGCUUGCUUUGCGGCGGGAAUUGCGCAGAAAAAAAAUAUUGGAAGCCUCCAAGGCACGACUGGACAAAUUGAAUGGCAGAGCGUCGGCGGCGUUUCAAAAUGAAAACCUCGAUGGUGAACCUUCAAAUACGCAAUAUUCCGAUCCAGAGGUGGAGCCGGAUAUUCCAAUAAGACGUUCAUUUUUGCCGGAACAACCCCCACCGCCGAAAAUCACGACACGAAAUGCAUGGCUAAAAAGCCGAGUUCACAUAAUGUUAGCGGCUGGCUUUGGUUUCCUAUUGGCUCUUUAUACAAACAGCAGUGUUUUUAUUCCCGUUCUGCUUUUCGUGAUUGCGGAGCUGGCAUUCCUUCAAUAUUAUAAAGAAGACCAUUUACCGGCCAGCAUGGGACCCUUGUUACUAAUGUUUAUCAAUCCGAAUAUUACCAGCAAAAUUAAGCAGUUUAGCAGUAUAUUCUUUAUUCUUCAGUCACUGUUGGGUGAUCUUGCGAUAACCGUCUGUGUUGUUUGCUCAGGAAGCAUGCUCUUACUAAAUUUAAACACCGAUUAUGCUACAAUUGUUAAAUAAAGAUUAUGUUUUAUUACGGGGUGUGCAACAUGA